UUAAUCGUAUUUGACAUGGGGCAACCACGUGGUUGCUUAGAGGGAGAGAUUUGGAUGGGACAGCCUUCCUUUUAGCCUUCUUCUCAGACUGUCUUCAUCAGCAUGGAUGUUUUGACAGAUCAAGACGUGCAAACGUACCGGGAUGAGGGCUAUCUGGUGCUGGACGGCCUUCUGUCCCCAGAGGAGUGUGAUGCUUUACGGGACCGUAUGAGUGAGAUCAUUGAGCGGAUGGACGUUCCUGAACACUGCAGGACACAGUUCUCCACUGACCACGACGAGCAGCUUAAAAUACAGGGAAAUGCAGACUAUUUCAUCACCAGUGGAGACAAGAUCCGUUUCUUCUUUGAGAAAGGAGUGUUUGAUGAUAAAGGAGAGUUCAUUGUGCCAAGAGAACAAUCCUUGAAUAAAAUUGGACAUGCUCUCCAUGCUUAUGAGCCGCUGUUUAAAGCGGUCACCCACUCACCCAAAGUUCAAAAUCUGGCAAAGAAACUCGGCCUGAUAAAUCCUGUUCUUCUGCAGAGUAUGUACAUCUUUAAGCAACCAGGGAUUGGUGGAGAAGUGACCUCUCACCAGGACGCCACCUUCCUUUACACACAGCCUCUGGGAAGAGUGAUGGGCGUGUGGAUCGCUCUGGAGGACGCUACACUGGAGAACGGCUGUCUGUGGUUCAUUCCGGGAUCACACAAGGAUGGGAUUACCAGGCGAAUGGUGCGGACACCUAAAGGCACGUUUCCUCUGACUGAUUUCAUUGGCCGAGAGAAGAAUUACGAUGACAAGCUCUUCGUUCCUGCUCCUGUUAAAAAAGGUGGAGUGGUUCUGAUUCACGGUGAAGUCGUCCACCGCAGCGCUGCAAACACAUCUGACGCCUCACGCCACGUUUACACCUUUCACAUUAUGGAGUCUCAAAACACCGUUUGGAGUCCUGAAAAUUGGCUACAACCAACAGAAGAGCUGCCCUUCCCGUCCCUCUACAACUAAACACAGAAAUAACACCAAAACAGACCUGAUAACACGUGUUACCAAUGAUGCUGAAGAUACAGGACAGUCACAUGACUAUAAUGAGCCUUUUUAACAUCUCGACCAACAAUCACCCCUUUAAAUAUGAAGUUUUGUAAAUGGACCAAAAAAUGUGAAUCAUUUUGAAUUAACUACAACCACGACAGUGUUAAUAAAAGGCUAGUUUUUGUUAACCAAAGAGUGUUUAUUAUUUCUAAUCUGAAUUUUAGAAAGCAAGAAACAUUUAAUUUUAUUAGAAAUUCACUUUAUUUUCUUUAACGCAACAUUCUCUGAGUACCCAACAAAAUCAAUACAAUAUAGAAAAGGUAUAAUCUGGAUUUCAAGACAAAGAAAAUAAAUGACCAAACUGCAGUUCUCAUGUCAACCAAUCACUGACAGGAAAAUCUGAAAAAUAAUUCAUAGACACUGCUGAAAAACCAACUUCAACAAAGAUAGCAACAAAAAGAACCCAUGAUAUUUAACAUAAAAAAAGUUCCAAGAGAUUUUUUUCACAAUAGUCUGAAAGUCACUUAUAUUAUUGUUUCAUGCUGAGUCACUUGUGUUGUAAAAACUGGUCUUUUGAUGCAAAGUAAAAGCAAUUAUUUGAACAAAAAGUAUUUUCUGUAAAUACACAAACCAUUAAAAAUGAUGAUUUACAAAAUAAACAUUCAACAAUC